AUGAAAGCCCGUGCUUUUAUCAUAAUAUUCUUGAUAAUCAAACUAGAGGCCCGGCGUUGCUUCAAUACGGUCGCCAAGCAAGGUUAGUAACGCUUUUUUCCUCGUUGGUUUAAUUUUUUGUUCAAAUAAUUGGCCUCGAUCGAGACUUGCUAAAAAGAUUUUUUUUUUCGGAAUAUAUAUUUACUGAAUUUCAGAUAAGCUUAGCAGGGUAUUUUGCGUCAAGCAAACAUAAAUUAAUGGCUUAAAAUGCUUUUUAAAAUUCUUUAUUCUUUACUUUAACUUUGGACCACUUCCGAAACAUUCGCAGAUGGUACCGUCAAUCUUUUGUUCCGCGGCCUUAGCAACCGUGCGAAAAUGACCUUCGGUGGAAGCGAACACCUCCAAUGAUCUCAACGCUUCUUAUAUCUGUUAACUAAUUUGCAGAUCUAUGUCGACGUCUCUCGUUCACCAAACCAAUCGAUGCUCACGCCCUAAAAGGUCACGUGAUCAAAAAUGUUACAUUAACCGUGGGAACGCGCAAUUCUUGUAAAGGACUGUGUUUGAUGGACAACAUAUGUGACUCAUUCAACAUCGGUCAAUCAGUGCAUGGUGACCACGUGGUUUGUCAGUUGAGCGAUUCCGAUCACUCAAGGCACCCGGAAGACUUAAGGCCACGAGAAGGUUUUACCUUCAUUGGUACUAAGGUAUAUGGAAAGAAGAUACGAAGCGCCUUAAGUUGGUGGUUUAGGAAGAGGAGAGUUAUGAGGGUUCUAAUAUCUAACAGAGAGAUUUAUUCUAGUUUUGUGUUAUAAAGGAGUUACUAACUCGGGUCUCAGUUGUUUGUUGUAUUCUGUUUGCUUUUUCUGAUAUAAUGUCUUCUUUCAACUCGUAUUGCUUCACUUGCCCGUCCGUUAUCCGUAUUGGCCAUUUGGUGAGCUUAUCCUUGUUUGUCUUGUAAACUCGUUAUAACUAACUCCUGAAGGUUGUUUGUUCAUCAGAAUCUGUGUUCCAGUAACCCAUGUUUCCAUAAUGCGACCUGCUUGAAUGGAUUUACAAACAAGAAAUACCUUUGCCUUUGUCAGAGUGGCUACACUGGUGAACACUGUGAAAACGGUAACAGUAAGCACACACAAUGCCAAACAAUUGUUCAUUCCUAAGUCGUCCAUACAGAUGUUUAGAUUUUAUGGUUUUAUCUCGUUAUCUUAAUUAUCUAUUUUCAAGUAGAGAAGCGAUCUAAGAUACUUGGAGGAUCGGGUUUGAAUCCCAUCGAAGCCUGAAUUUGUUCAGGCCUUCUUUCAUCAGUUUCUUUAAUUGAUUGUAGCUCAACUGUGAGGAUAAUUCUUGUGCUUGUAUUUCAUCCGCGUUUCAAAGAAUCAUUUUUUUUAUUUUCUAAAAAUUUAUUCAUUUAUCCAUAUACAGUGUAGAUACAUAUUCGUGCUUUUAUAAAUAUCACUAGUUAUGUUUCCUCUGCACGUGCUCCGCAUCAAUGGCUUGCACUACCAAGUGUGAUUUUUAAAGAAAUGUUUGCACAGCGGUUAAAGCAGCCAGUAUUCGCUUUCCUUUUGCUAAAAUUGUGCCCUUUUGCAAACAGAUAUUGAUGAAUGCAGUUUGGGCAGCGAUGAUUGCCACGAAUUUGCGCACUGUGUAAACACCGCCGGCUCCUUUGACUGCAUUUGCAAGAUUGGACUCACUGGGGAUGGACGCAACUGUACAGGUAAGUUCGUGUUAAUGUAAUAAUAACUUUAUCUAUCCAUCCCACCAUGUGUUAUUCUCUAUCGUUCACUAAUGUUUUCAUUCUGUUUAUUUUCUAUUCAAGGACUACCUUCUUGUAAAGAACUGCACGAGAAAAACAAGUAAGUGAAAAAAUAUAUAAAAAUAAGGGGAAAUGUAGCACUCGUGCCCAGUGCCUCAUCCGUGCAGAGCUUAUCCCUGUUUCCGUUACGUGAACAAACCAGGAGUAUUUCUAUUUCAAGAAUUGAGUCAAUCGCAGGUUAUUCCCUCCUCCAACAAUUUUUUUAAGCUUCCAUCAUUACGCUACCAUGUUUCGCACAAGUGAAUAAAUUACUUGAGAGGAAUCCACUUUGGAAUGUAGUUUCCGACGAUUGAUAAAUUUUUUCGCUGUCCAUUUGUAGAGGACAAUAUCAUUGUUUGAAACUACGCGGUGAGACAAAGGAUACUUUAGUCAUGACUUCUUUGUUAGCUUCUUUUACGUGACUGAAGGUGAGGUGAUUACGUUUGAUAUGCUUGAAACUCUUCUUCUUUCUCUAGUGCUACUGGUGACCAAGCAUACAUGUUGCAGAUUGGAUCAGGGAUGGUUUACAUGUACUGCCAUAUGACGGGCCUCGGAGCAUGUGGAGGUGGUGGAUGGACGCUGGCCAUGAAGAUCGACGGUAACAAGGUGAUACUCAGGACUUCGUAAUCAAUACAGCUCAAUAUUCGUUGAAUAGUUUAAGAUCGUAACAGCUUUGACUUUAAGUAUGGGCAUCACCGGUGUUAGAAAAAUUCAUUCAUUCCUACAACAAAGCAAACCGAAACACUAUCGGAAAGAUAAAUCACCUAAAAAAAUAGUAUUUCAGCCCUGUAAAAAAACAGAAAUUAUUCGUUGUCACUCAUGUAGCAUUUUACAUUCAACUGGCUCAUUGCUCUCAGUGGCAUGUAACAGUGGCCUUAACAGGUCCUUCUAAAUCGCUUCGUCCUGGGCUAAUCUUGCAGCGUUCCGAAAACCAAUACCAACACUCCGAGUCUCUUCUAGUACCAUUCUCCUCUGAUUUGUUCGCGGACGGCCCCUUUUUCCUUCCUCCUUCUUUAGUCUAUAUCAUUUCGGUUCUUGCAUGCGUCAUCCGUAGCACAUGGCCAAACCAUUUCCAACCUCUUUGCCGUAAAUAGUUUUCAUGGUUUCUUACCUUAGAGCUUGUACAUGUAGUGGCCUGGCGUUGGAGAAGUUAUGAAGCAUUUGUCUCUUUAUAUAUUCCAGAAUACCUUUCACUAUAACUCCGAACUUUGGAGCAGUGAGGCAGAAUACAAUUUUCCAGGGGGCAUAACUGGGUUUGAUAACAUUGAAACUAAGCUACCGACCUACUCCAAAACGUCUUUUACCAAAAUCUGUCUGGGUAUGAAGAUCGGUCAGCAGAUCAACUUCAUCUUCAUCAACCAACAAGCUGACUCCCUCUACUCCCUGAUAGCAGACGGACAAUAUCGUGAUACCUCGCUGGGUCGUGACACGUGGAAAUCGCUGAUUGGGAUAAACUCCUCCAUGCAGUUGAAUUGUAACAAGGAAGGGUUCAACGUUGUUUCUACCAAUAUUAGGUUAGCGAAAGCGAGAAUAGGAAUAAUAGGUAAUAACGAAGAUAAUUGCGUGAGUUGUGAUUCUAGAAUCGGUUUUGGAUCAGGAGGAAAGCAUGAUGAUUCAAAUUCAUGCGGAAACGAGGCUGUCUUGCAGACAGAUAAUGGUAACGCGCAUAUCAAGGCCAUGGGGUACAUUUUUGUUCAGUAG